AGCGGGAGGUGGAGGGUGGAGAGGAGGUCCCGCCCCCACCUCGCUCUCCUUUACGGGAAGUGAUGUGGGGCCGGACGGAAAAUACCCGCCAAGGACCCAAAAAGGGCCGGCAACGGGUGGACGCGGCGCGCGCGCAGGCAGAGCGGCGCGGGGACAGCGAGGUCCAGCCAGGUGAACCACUGAGUUCUUCAUUAUGUCUGAUGGAGACUAUGAUUACCUCAUCAAGUUUUUAGCUUUGGGAGACUCUGGAGUAGGGAAGACCAGUGUACUUUACCAGUACACAGAUGGUAAAUUUAACUCCAAAUUUAUCACAACAGUGGGCAUUGAUUUCAGGGAAAAGAGAGUGGUGUACAGAGCCAAUGGACCAGAUGGAGCCAUAGGUAGAGGCCAGAGAAUCCACCUGCAAUUAUGGGACACAGCAGGGCAGGAGAGGUUUCGUAGCUUGACAACAGCAUUCUUCAGAGAUGCUAUGGGGUUUCUUCUGCUCUUUGAUCUGACAAACGAGCAAAGUUUCCUCAAUGUCAGAAACUGGAUAAGCCAGCUACAAAUGCAUGCAUAUUGUGAAAACCCAGAUAUAGUGUUAUGUGGAAAUAAGAGCGAUCUGGAAGACCAGAGAGUCGUAAAAGAGGAGGAAGCAAGAGGACUUGCAGAGAAAUAUGGAAUCCCCUACUUUGAAACUAGCGCUGCCAAUGGGACAAACAUAAGCGAAGCAAUCGAGAUGCUCCUGGACCUGAUAAUGAAGCGAAUGGAACGGUGUGUAGACAAAUCCUGGAUUCCUGAAGGAGUGGUCCGAUCCAAUGGUCAUACCUCCACAGAUCACUUGAAUGAAGAAAAGGAGAAGGGGAUCUGUGGCUGUUGAAGAGUCCAGUGAGCUACACAGUAACUCAAGUGGCCCGUGUCUGUGAUCUUUUCUAUGGAUGAUACGUGGCUCAGAGAGAGAUGAACAGGCAUUGUGUACAAACUGCUUCUACCGUCCCACUUAGACCUAUCUGGUUUUAAAAUUUCUUUGCUGCAGCUUUGUAAAUAUUUAAGAUUCAGCCCGCGAGUUAUGAGAAAUAUUUCACAUAGCCAAAAGUGCCUUAUAAAACCUUAGCCCAUGGCAGCAGAUGUUUCAGGAUUGAGGGUUUUGUAGUCACAGAAGAGUGCAUGUAUGAUGUAGAAUGACUGAGGAUACCACCACCUGCCUUAACUUACAUCAGUCCAGAGUCUAACACUCAGAAUCUUAGAUACAAUUGUAAAACUAUCAAUCUUUAAUCCAAAUUAAAAAACCCUACUUGUACUGUGGGUAACCUUGUAAAAUGCCAUCUAAACCACUUGAAUGUUAAAUAAGAAUAUACAUAAACAUCAGUUCAAUGUCCUUGAGUAUUAAUUUAUAUAAACAAUCUCUUUAAAAUGAAUAUAGCAUAACUUAAUGGUUUUAUCUAUAGACUCUGGAUAAAGUGGGUUGACCAAUUGUAGACUCACUGUGACUCUUGUGGUAGGAAGGGGAUUGGGGAUGAGGUUAAGGGUGUCUUAAUGUAGUAUGAACAGCUGAAGUGGGGCUUCUAGCUCCCUGCUAUAUUCCCACUGCUCUGAAGGAUUGAUUGAAGGAUCAGGGAAUUAGAUUUUUAUGGCUUUAUUUCACUGUAAUCUGUGCAUUUAUACUUGGCCUACAUGCUGGCCACAUUUGAACAUAGCUGGUGCUUAUGCUGAAGUUAUUUGUGAUAAGUAAGCAUUUAGCUUCUUUUUUUCAUAUUUAUAAUGUUGGUCUGGCAUCCUCAGACUGCGGUUUUAAUUAGCUUGUGAACUGCUAAUCUUUUGUCUUCACCAUCACGCUUUAUAUUAUUGAUAUUUGCAACUUGUUUCAUUUUUACAUUGGUGGAAUUGAAGAAAUUAGAUUUUAAUUACAUAAAAUGUUUGCUAUGUGGUAGAAGAAAAAUGUUUGUAUUUAAGCAGUUACAUUUAUACUAUAGCUCAAUAUAGGAAAAAUGAAGACUUAAAUAGCCUAUAUUUUUUAUUGAGAUCACAGGCAUUUAUUGUACUUGCUGGGUCUUGCCAAGGUCAUGGAUUCCUCUGCCUUGCCUUAGUGUCUUUAUAUCAAAUUAAAGGUAGUUUUAAAAUAUGCUUAUGGCAGGUGUUUAUAAAGGUCAUAGGGAAACAUUCUUAUUUAUUAAAGCAGUUUAAGUAAGAUUAAAAUUUCCAAAGAGCUUAAUGGCUAUUUAGGAAGAAUUACCAUUCAUGGUAAUUUAAACAAAGAAUAAAAAUAAAUAUAUUUUGUGGUGGCAUAUGAUUGGAAGAACUGUAAUUAGAAAAAUACAGCUAUGAUGGAAGUAAUUACUUUUACAUGGUAAUUUUCAAAUAGCUUUUUAUCGAGUAUCCUAUUUCUUUGCCACAUCUUUCCUACAACUACCUUAAAAAACUUAGCUGUGAUUAGUGAGAUCUUACAUGUUUCUAUCCUUGAAAUGAAGACUUCUUUUAAAUACUAAGGAAGUCAUUGAGUCCUGUGCAUUUGAAUUGUGUAUUCCAGUAAGGAAAAAAUCCAGACAUUACAAGGGCAGGGUCCUAAUCACAAGCAGUGCCUUCUAAAGUUGCCGUAGAUGUCAGUGGAGCAAAUCAUAAUUUUAUAGCUACGUAUUAGGCAGCAUUUUUUAUGGUCUAUUAUGUAGUUAAAAAGAAGACAAUAUUUGUAUGUUUCACUUUUUUCAAGAACCAAAUGAGCAAUUAGCUGCAUAUCCCAUUGGCUUUAAGCAUAAUACACAAUUAAACAUAUACAUGAUAUAAUGCACAUGAAAGAACCAUCUUUAAUUAUUGAAAUAAAUAACCUGUAUUCUCUUUGGAAGACUUUGUUUGAAUUUGGUAUCAAAGUAUCAUUUUUUGUGCAUCAAUGUAUUCUUCUAUUUAUAAGACUGUGUAAAAGUGAAGUGUAUCCUCAGUGAAUUUUGUGCCAAUUAAGCUUAUAAUUAAAAAGUGGUCUAGUCUGCCAA